UAGUUUUUUUAGUAUUUCCCUGUAUGUUGCAUUGCGUUUUAAAUGAACACUGACCAUAAUCAUCCAGCAGACUGAUGUUUCACACAUGUCGUACAUGUUUGUCAGCAGACCUAUCGCACCCAGUCAGCACACACACACACACACACACACACACACACACACAGCAACAGCUGCUGCGGCGACAGCACUGUGUUCUGCUGGGUGAAGGAAGCAGCAGCGCAGCAUCCAGUCUCACCUGCGGGUUGAAGACGACAGGUGUCAGCUCUGAACCUUCACUGAUUAUUUUUGCUUUCUCCUGCCUCCAAGCAAGUUUGUCCCAGGGCUGAAGACCAGCAUCGGGAUGGCGGCAGCUUCGACGGUUUCGGGCCAGGGAGCCACCAGGAUAACUCCUGAAGUACUGCAGGAGAUGCUCCAGUACUACAACAUGAGCCGCGAGGAGUUUAUCAACACCUACAACAUCCAGCCGCUCGUCUACAUCCCCGAGUUGCCGUACAGCGCCAAGACCACGUUCGUGAUUAUGUACACGGUUAUCUUUGUCAUGGCUCUGGCUGGAAAUAGUUUGGUCAUCUACAUAAUUGUGAAGAAGCGCGCGAUCCAAACGGCGACAGAUAUUUUUAUCUGCUCUCUGGCGGUCAGCGACCUGCUCAUCACUUUCUUCUGCAUACCUUUUACUUUGCUGCAGAACAUCUCCUCCGAAUGGUUUGGGGGGGUCCUGGUUUGCAAGACGGUUCCCUUUGUACAGACUACAGCCAUAGUGACGGGCAUCCUCACAAUGACCUGCAUUGCUAUUGAAAGAUACCAGGGCAUUGUCUUUCCAUUGAAAAUGAGGAGGCAGUACUCGUCUAAAAGAGCAUACAAGAUGUUAGGACUCGUAUGGAUGGCCUCAGUGAUAGUGGGUUCACCAAUGUUGUUUGUCCAACAACUAGAGGUGAAAUAUGACUUCUUGUAUGAUCACUACCACGUGUGCUGCCAGGAGAGGUGGCGCUCUCUGACUCACCGGCAGGCGUACACCACCUUCAUUAUGGUGGCUCUUUUCCUGCUCCCUUUGGCAGCCAUGCUGUUCCUCUACACCCGCAUUGGCAUUGAACUAUGGAUCCGCAAGAGGGUGGGCGACUCCUCAGUCCUAAACACCAUGAAUCACAGGGAGAUCAGUAAGAUCUCAAGGAAGAAGAAAAGAGCUGUUAAAAUGAUGGUCACCAUUGUUCUGCUAUUUACUAUUUGCUGGGCACCUUUCCACACAGUCCACAUGCUGUUUGAGUACUAUGACCUGGAGAAGAAAUACGACGGAGUCACGCUUAACAUGAUCAUCGCCAUUGUUCAAGCCAUCGGGUUCUUCAACAGUUUCAACAACCCCAUCGUGUACGCCUUCAUGAAUGAGAACUUCAAGAAAAGCUGCGUAUCCACCCUCUCCCACUGCAUCCGAAAACCUAACCAGCAGGGGCCUGCUGUGGUGGCGCCCAAACUGAGCGUGCAGUUCAUCAAACCCCAGAGUAGAGAAGCCUUUCUCGAAUCAGAUGAAGGCAACAGCUCUCAGCAGCAUUCAGCAGAGAAAGGCCCUGCAAGUUCCUCCCAUGGAGAGAGCUCGCUGGAAAUAAUAGGCGAGAAAAUCUUCACCAUCCAGACAGAACUCCCAGCAAACAGCUCCUCUCAAGUCAAAUGAGAAAGUGGACACCAUGAAUGUUUUGGUGUGUAACUGUUGAACUCCACCCUCCUGGUGUCUGCCAUCCAAGACAAACAGAAACAUACAGAAUUUCUACAGUACCAGAACCAAGAGUGUUUGUUUCAUUCUGGUCAGGAGAGCAGCAGGAAGGAAAUGAAGGAGCUUCCCUGGGACCAGUCUGGUUGGGCAGUGAUAGUCCGGUUUAUAUGAAUCAAAGAGAUUAUUUCUGUUGAGAUGUUUCUAAAUUCUGCAGGACAUUCAGCCUCUUUUAACGAGCAGUGUGAUGUGUCACAGGCAACCGCGUUACCCCAUCACCCCAAAUGAGCACAAACUGUAAGCGCUGCACAAUUAUAAUACACUGGAAACUGUUUGGGAAAGACAGUGCAGAGGGCCAUGCUUUUAGAUACAAAGAAAGACCAAGAAGAUGACCUUGAUUACACUGCUAAACAUACAUUAGGUCAAUUUAUUGAUCAUAUUUAUCACUCAACUCAGCUCAGGUUAAUUCAGCUACAAACCCUUCACAAAGCAACACAAACUAUUUUGCUGUAAAGCCUCUUAGACAGUUUUAUUGCUUGACAUUGCGCCUUUAAUAAAACACAAAUCUGAUGGUGAAACACCUCAUUCUGUCAAAGUCUGCUUGGCACUUUUCUUCUUUCAGUAUUUCAUGUAAUUUAUUUGAACUGCUUAACUGCAGACAUAUUACAGGGUGUACAGUUUGGAAUGAGGUUAAGAAUGAAACAGAGGACCAAAUGCCUUAAUGCUUUUUAGAGAGUGAAAUGUACCUCACACGGUUCUCUUCAUAAAUCGCCAUAGGACUCAGCGCUUUUCGAGACCUGAUUACAAAAACAAGAUGUCAUUCAUUGGUUUCAGUAUUAAUGUGUUUGUUUAAUGGUGCUGUAGAAUGUGUUUUUGUAAUUUUGAUGUGUUAACACAAGUCUGUGAAUGUUAUCAUUAUGGUGUGAAUUCAAAGUGAGUUACAUGUUGUGUUAUGACACGUUUAAUGACAGCUUAGCUUUUUUGUCAUUGCUCUGAGCAAAUUGUCAAUUUUGAAGAUGUUCAUUCGAAAAUCAUAUAAAAUGCUUUUCUUCCUUUCAUCAGUAGCCAGGCUCUCUUCUAUAUAUAUACAGUAUAUAUAUAUAUUUUUUUUACAUUGAAUAAAAUGAACAACCUGUUUCUGUGUUUUCAGCACACAUUUGAUUAAAUUGAA